UUACUUAGUAAAAAUUUAUAUUAUCGAUAAAACUGCGAUCAACUGCGCUUCUGACUCAUUACUAUCAGAUCAUUAUCAAAUAAUUAUAUUAAAUUUACACUCAUUACAGAUUUGUACUGUGUCUAUGAUUCGAUUUCUGUGAUUAUGAUUCAUAACCUUUUAGAAGCGGAGAAGUAUUUUCUGAUCAGAUUUUAAAAAACAACUAAGAAUAUAUGAAUUAAAAAAUUAUAAUUGAAAAUCGAUUAGUCUAACGUAUGAAUUUAGCCAGGACGACAAAAUAAUAAAGUAGUGACAUUGCCAUACCAACAGUUGACGGGAAACUCUGAACCAUCACAGUCACUGUGAUAUUAAACUUCUGGAAAUAUCUCUAUAUCUUAGAAUCUCUUUAAAAUGAGUGGAGACGGUGAUCAAGUGGAACAAUUCGAUGGAUUAUUCCUUUCCAUUGCCCAGCAUCAUCCUAAAGGAGCCGCACAGUUGUUGGACACAUUUGUAAGUUUCCUUUCAAGAAAAACCGAUUUCUUUACCGGAGCAGAACAAGACCAGUGGGAAAACUUGGUUAUGACCACAUUCAGGAAAUACGAAAAAAUAAGCCGGGAAAGUCGUGAAGCUGAACUGAAAGAAAAGAGAGAUAAGGAAGCAGCCAAAAAAGCCGCAAAAGCUAAAAAAGAAGCUGAAGAAACCAUCAAACCGGCAGAAAUAACAGAAUUGACUGAUGCAGAAGCGGAAAAAUUACAAAUGGAAAUAGAUGCUGAGAAGGAAGAUUCCCAACCACAACCAGAUGAAAAAACAGCAACCGCAAAGUCUAAAAUUAUCGGAGAAGAGGAGGAAGAUGCUUCAGAGAGGGUACCUCUCAAAGUGAAAAACACAAACUCUAAACUCAAACAAGCUGAAUUUGUGACAAAAAUGGUUCCAAAAAAUCAACAGGACAAAGAACAAUUUCUAAGAAAAUUAAAGCUUACUAUCGAAGAGAUUGAAGAUCUACAAAUCAUGACAAUAGGCCAAGCAGAUUCUAUGUUGUGGAAAGAGGAGAGAAGAAAAAGAAUAACAGCAUCUAAUUUUGGAAAGAUCUGCAAGAUGCGAGCCUCAACACAUUGUCAAAACAUUGUUAAGACCCUAUUGUAUGGUACUUUUAAUGGAAACCAGUACACCCAAUGGGGUAAAGAUCAUGAAGACACAGCAAUCGAACAAUUUGAAGAACUACAGAACUUUCAUGUUCAGCAGUGUGGAUUUUUUGUUGAUCUGGAGGAAUCAUACUUAGGAGCUUCGCCUGAUGGUCUUAUUGGAAAUGAUACAAUUAUUGAAGUUAAAUGCCCAAAAACAUGUUCGGAAAUGACGCCUUUGCAAGGGAUUUCCAAUGGAAAAAUCAAAUUUGCCAGGAUGGAGAAAGGUAGAAUGAAACUUUUGAAGAAUCACAAUUAUUACUAUCAGGUGCAAGGACAAUUACAUGUGACUAGAAGAAAAAAAUGUUAUUUUAUUGUAUGGACACCAAAAGGCUUGGAAUACGAAUUGAUUCGAAGAGAUGACAACUUUUGGGCAAUUGAAUGUCAUGAGCAGUUGAAAAAUUUUUAUAUGAAUUGCCUGUUGCCAGAACUUGUAGACCCACAAUAUCCUCAGGGAAGAGAUAUUAUUGACUUGAGACUCCCAAGGGAGUAGGGUUAUAUGAAUAAUAUUAUAUUAUUAUUUUUAUUUCACAACCUAUAUUUAUAUGUUUGUUUUAUGACAUAUAAUUAUUUUUAUUUCGCAACAUAUAUUGAUAUUUUUAUUUUAUGACAUGUGACUAUUGUAUUAUUAAUUUAUGAUAUAUAUUAUUGUUUUUAUUUCAUAUCAAUAUAUUUUUAUGUUGACAUUAUAUUAUUAUUAUAAUUAUUGUAGUGAUCUUCCUGCACAAUUUUAUUGUUGGGACUAAUUUAAUAUUUUAUACAAAUAAAGCUUUAUCAAACAUA